UUAGUAGCAGGAAAGGUACUAAUGAGUCGUCACCAAUUGUUUAUAUAAAUAAUUGAUGAUAUUCGACACGAUAUUUUAUGCGAGCCAUCAGUUCAAGAUUCCUGCAUAAUAUACCUGCGUAGCGGUUGCAUCAAAACAAAAUGGAUAUACUGGAUGAGAAAACCGGCACUCAUUACUUACCCAGAAUGCAAAUACGGAGGAGCCUAGACACAUUUAAUUUCGUGACAAUAUCGUAAACCGACAUGCUGCUCGUAGUAUACGUAGUUUCGAACUCCCAUUGUUAUAUUGCGAUUUUGCAACACGCUCCCGAAAUAUUGAAGCGUAAUUUAUAACGAAACUGUGACGUCGUAAUGAAAUUGCAAGAAGGAUGACACAGCAUACGGUUACCAUGAUAAAUACAUUAUUUUAAGUAAGAAUAAUUCAGAACUAUGGCUGCAGUAAGUUUAGAUAAAUCUGCCCAUAACUACUCGAUUUAUGAUAUCGUUAUCUCAUCCCCACUAACUUCGUGAAUAUUACACAAUACAUUGACUGGUCAAUUAAAUUAUUCCUACAGUUAUUCUGCAGAUUAAGUUUUUGCUCUCACGACACACUCAAAGUUUGCAGCCAAUUUAGCAAGAUAUCUAGAGUCUUCUAGGACAGUGGUUUCGAGUUCGCUACGAAAGAUUGCACCAAAUAUGUGGAUCAAAUCUUAAACGCAAACGUUUACUCAGAUUGUAUCAAUCGCACUACAUUGAGCGUAGACAACCUUCAUCUGACUACACUUAGCUGUCGGUGACCAUAAUAAGAGUACAGUAAAUCAAUUGAUAAAUAAAUAAAUCAGAGAAAAUAAUGAUAAGCGAAAAUGAUCUGUGUCUGAAGAUAUUGAGAUGACGAAUUUCGCCAUUCAUAAAAUACGCCUCGUAGACGCAAUUAUAGUACUCGACAAAGCGGUCUUUUAACUCAUUCCGUUCAGUUGUCGCGGUACGAAGGUCAUACGCUAAAUAGUUGUAUGAACCGAUAAAACGCUUUGCAAUAAAACGACAAAAUCGUUACCCGUCAGUUCGGUAUACUAAAUAGUUCUUGAUUUCGAGAAGUUGCCAAUACGCUAGUCACCGUUCGACCUGCGAACGGAUUUCCAGAAAGACUGUAAACGCGUGUGGAAAGAGCGGAAGUGUAAAAUGUCCGGAAGGAAAAAAGGAAACGUGAUGACUAUAAACGGUUACACCGCUUUUUUGCUGUUACUAACCGUCCACGGUUCCAUUCAGAAAUCCACGCCGGAAAGUUCAACGUACCGAGCUGCAGUUGUGGACAUGGUUGCCACUGAAAAUCGCCGUUUUCCACAAAAAGCAAUCGAUGACAACGUUAGACAAAUGGAACGAUUCGUCAAACACGCGGCAAACCAGAACGUAGAUAUAAUUGUAUUUCCGGAAGGAGGACUGAACUCGUUGAGGUUUCCGGAUAGGCUCGACUUUCAUCGUUAUUCCACCGUAAUUCCCAGCCCCCAUGAAAAUUUUACGCCCUGCACGAACAUCAGCAUCCCUGCAGUUAGCGAUGCUUUAAAAGAUAUUUCGUGCAUAGCUGCGCGACACAAAAUCUACGUGGUGGUUGAUGUGAUUGAAAAAGAGGUCUGCACCGGCUGUGAUUGCGCCUCCGACGGACUUUUCAUAUACAUAACAAACGUAGUCUUCGACCGUGAAGGAAAGAUAAUCGCAAGAGCUCGAAAAUCCCACCAGUACAACGAAUACGUAUGGUUCAACGUAACGAGACCGCCAAGGGAAUUGUCAACCUUCGAAACUGACUUCGGAGUUACGUUUGGGACUUUUGUCUGCUAUGACAUUUUCUUCGAGGAUCCGGCAUUGAACCUAACGAGACAGUUGAACAUAACUGACAUCGUUUUCUCUCACGGAUGGUUCGCCGAACUUCCAUUCGCUGCACCAGCCCAAUUCCAAUCGGGAUGGGCUUACAAAGAAGAUGUAAAUUUACUCGCUUCCGGAUACAACAGAGCUUGGAGAGGAUACGGCGGAAGUGGAAUAUACGGAGGUCGCCAAGGUAUAAUAACUGCCGUACAGCCGUUUCGUAUGGAGGAGAAGAUUCUAAUCGCAGAUGUGCCGAAAAAAAAUAAAAAAGUCACGACGACUCCGUUCCCAAAGCUGACUAAACGAGAAGAUGGUUUCACUCGCCAUAAACGCCUUGAAAAACGCGACUACGAAAAUUUUGGCAUGCAAACGCUAAGUCUCGUAGGGUAUUCGACGAAAAUCAUCGCCAACGAUGGCUACAUUGAGGACACGCUGACAUCGAAUAGAAUUAAAUGUGAAUUUGCACUGAAUUUCUCCAAUCCGGAUCCACCGACGACGUAUCGUUUUGUUGCAUAUGAUGGCACGCGUCCAGCGGAUAAUCAUUUUCUUGGAGUUAGGACAUGUGUAAUCGUUCAGUGCAGCGACGAAACACUCGAUUCGUGCGGUCACUUCUGGGAUACUCCAGCGACUUUUGUUUCUAUAGUGGUGACCGCAACCACCAACGAGAACAAAAGAACGUUGCUCAUGCCAUCCACCUUAGGAACCGAUCUACUUCCACUCGACCAUUGGUCUUACACCGAAAACAACGAAAACGGAACAAUCCGAGCAUCGAUAUCGCUGAAGAAACCUACCCAAAAUAUAAUCACUUUUGGAAUUUGGGGAAGAAACUUCGAGGACGAUUCAUUUCCAAAGUCCGCAGGAUCUCGGAUUUCAAAUCGGUUGCUGUUUCUACCAUUUAUUUUACUGUCUUUUAAAUAUCUCUUCGACGAACUUUCACAUAAUUAAGAUUUUCUUCUCCGCGCAAGUGCAUAAAUCGAUAUAUAAUCAUUAGUCGAGGUUGAAUAAUCAAACUGUCUUUGUCAAUCGAACUCGUUUUUAUUGGGUCAAAUUUCAAGUAUGGCAAGAGUUGCAUGGGUAAUAUUCCAUCAUCAGAAAUUGAUACUAUAUAAUCUAUGUAAAGUAAGUCAAGUCAGCGAUAACAUGGGCGAAUAUGUGUGAAAUUUGGCACAACGUCUUUCACACAAAGUCAACCAUGAGAUAUAAUUGCAUCCAAACAAAAUACUGCAAGUUUCUCGCACCACCAAUGUAACGAAAUAAAUAAAAAAGAUAACAUGACAA